GAGGAGGACGAGGAGGCCAGGCCGGCGCGAGGGUAGAGGGCGCUCGGCGCGUGCGCAGAAGGAACCGGCGGCUGGUUAAUGGAGGUUGCUUUAUGCUAGACGGAGGUUAGACGAGGCUGCUUCUCUACUUCCCCGUCGCUUGUUCCAGAGUCAAGAUGGCCUCCCAACGGUUGACACGGGAGUCUUUCGAUGCAAUCAUGCAGGUCAAGGCAAAACGAUAUCUGGACCGAAGUGAUCCAAUCGAUGAGGCGCUUCAUCAACUUAGAGUUCACUCGCGGCCAGUCACACGGACCCAGUACAACGAAGAGGAGGAAGAAUUUCAAGACGGUGGGAAGUUCAUGCGGGGUGACUGGAGGAAAGACACUAGAAAUGAAUAUUCACUGCCUUCCUAUAGGUCCAGCACCCACGUCACGGAGGAGGAGGAUUACUUUUCCAAAAGUAGCACCAAACUCUCCUCACGGAAUCAGGACUACAGCCAGCUGUCUUCAUACGAACAAGAGUAUAGAAAUCCGUCUGCCGUGGAAAGAGAUUAUGCUGGUCCAUCUUCCCGAGAUCGGGACUAUGACAAGGCUGCCUCACGGGAACAGAAAUAUAGCCACACUCCUAUUCGAGACACUACCAGACGCCGUGAGACUGACUAUGAUUCGUCAGAACUGUUAGGGGACUUCAGAUCAGCACGGCUUCUGGAAGAGAAUUAUAGGACUGCGUGCAGUCAGAAUUAUGAUCUGGAUCAGGGUCUCGAGACCGAGGGAGAAUUCAGCUCCACUUUGAAUGCUGGGAGGGGAAGAGCUCUCCAAGGGAAACGUGGGAUGGCCACUAGAGGCCUGGUCAGAAGUAAGGAGGAGUUGGCUGCUCAUCUCAAGAAAUGGGCCACUAAAGCUUUGUCCCCAGCAGAUGAUCUUCUGUUAAAUCCUCUAGGUCUCACCAAGCAAAGAACGAUAACUUCUCCUCACCCCCAGCAAAGCCAAAGGCCGGCUCUGGCCACUCCGAAGGGACUCCUGCUGCAAGAGGGAACUCUGAAACCUACAGGGUACAUCCGGAUCAAAGAGCCAGACUUGGGACUUCUAGAUUCUUCUGAUAUUUUUGCAAAUUUUGGGGUUGAAAUAAUCAAAUGGGCUGGGUUCUAUGAAAUUAAGAACGACCCGGAGUACGCAGAACUUUUCCGUUUGCUCUUCACGUUAGAGACGGAGACUUGUGCCAAAAUGCUGGCCUCGUUUAAGUGCUUACUGAAAACAGAGCACCAAGAUUUCUGUAUGAACAGCGUCAAGACGCUGCAACACCCGGCUCUGAGAACCCCUAAAGUGGACAGCCAGUUUCUGAAUCUGCUGUUGGAGAAAAGGGUGAUGGUGACCAAGAAUAGUUUUUUUGAGGUCAUUAAGCCUUUCGACCGGUAUAUGAUGCGGCUCCAGGACUACCUGCUCAGGAGCACUACGCCUCUGCUGAUGGCCUGUAAUGCCUAUGAGCUCAGAAUCAAAACUAACAGCUUCAGUAAUUCAGGGAAGAUGACCACCGCUUUUCAGACUACGAUGUCCCUCUGCCGAAAAUCCUUGGCCCUCCUGGGGCAAACAUUCGCUCUGGCCUCUGCUUUCAGGCAGGAAAAAAUCCUUGAGGCCCUCAGCGUCCAAGAUUCGGCCCCUCCUCCUACCUUGUUUCCCAAUUUUGAUACCUCUGCCUUGUUUGGGAAAGAAUAUAUAGAAACCUUGCAAAAUUGGUUGGAGAAAAGUGGCUGCCAGAUGCAGUUAAAGAGACCAGCUGUCAGUCCUCCAGUUCAGGCCCCACAACGUGCUGACAGGAAAGUCGUUGAGGCGAUUGAAAAGCUAGUGAAUGCGAUGGUCUCUGGCGUGUUAACAGGGAAAGAGAAGGCUGAACUGAAACACAACCCGGAGUAUUGGUUUCUCCUUGAUGAGGAAAGCCUCGAAUGCAAGUAUUACAAGCUGAAGCUGAAUGAGACAGAGAGGCUGAUGUCUGCAGCCAAGGAAGAAGAAACCAAAGAGAAGAAGACCUCCGAGCGGCAAAUCUCAGAAGCUGUGAGGAUUCUUUUGUACAGGAGGAAAGUAGCAAGGAUCAAGAAGAAGCUCUUUCAGAGGAGAAGGCCAGGGAUUCUGCAAAGGGCUACGAGGGGCAGAAGAGGCAAGAAAUCCACAACUGGGACCCAGACACUGUUAUCUGCCGGGUCGGUGCUAAAGCAGCAAACAACAUGCACACCGAUGUCCAGUCCCAAAAGUGACAAAUCCAGUGGUGAUGAGGCAGAGGCGCUGUCUCUAAAAGAAACUUCAAGAGAAACGGACUUGCUGGGGCUUUCCGAAAAUUCCCCGUCUUUGAUGAGCCAAUUCCCUGAUGUGGACCCUAAAGUCAUGGUAACCGCUCAGAAGCUGGCUGAAUUUGUUGCUGAAGUUGGGCCGGAAAUCGAGCAGUUCAGCAUUGAUAACAGUGCCGAUAAUCCAGACCUAUUAUUUCUGCAGGAUCCAGAGAGUUCUGCCUUCAAGUUUUAUCGCAUGAAAGUCCACGAAUUAUGCCCCUCUAUCAGCUUCAGUGGUGGGCAGGAAUCUGGUGACCUCCAUGAAAGGUCGGAACCAAAGGAAAGCGAAUGGGGGAACCUGGAGGAGGAGGAGGAAGAGGAAGAAGACGAGGAAGAGGACGAGGAAGAAGACGCUCCCCAAGCUGAAAUGGAAGAUGAAGAGGGAGAUGAAGAGGAGGAAGCUACAGGGCCAACCGAGGAGCCAGAAGAAGCCAUGUUGGAAGAGGGGCUUAUGAAAAUAGAGCAUUUAGAGGCAGCUGAAGAAGAAGGAGAGACCAGCAGCACAGCCGCGGGGGCCCUUUCAGAGGCACCGGCACAGGCAACCAUGCACGGCGCCCCCUUCGGGCGCAAGAGAAUGAGUAGCAAAUCCCUGAAAGUGGGCUUGAUCCCAGCAUCAAAGAGAGUGUGUCUCAUCGAUGAACCAACAGUACAUGAUCCGGUGCGUAUCUCUUAUGACCGACCUCGUGGCUAUCCUGCAUAUAAAAAUAAGAAGCAACAGAAAACAAAGGAUUUGGAAUUCUAUAAUAAGAGACUAAAUGAGAAGAACAUUGGCUUCCAAAUACUUCAAAAAAUGGGUUGGCAAGAAGGGCGUGGCCUCGGGUUACAUGGCAAAGGCAUCCAGGAACCUGUCGACGUGGGCUCUACCUCAGCAGGGGAGGGCCUGGGUGUUGCAGGGAAGAACAAAGAAGAUACCUUUGCUACGUUCCGUCAGAGAAUGAUCCAGAUGUACUAUAUGAAAAGAGCCAAUAAAUAGCAUGCAAAAAGUUGUCAAAUUAAACACCUCCAGUAUCCUAAGAGAAGAUACCUGGUCUUCAGAAGCAGAAGCAGUUCUCCUUUUCAUCAAAAAUCACCUAUGGCUAAGCAACAAUUUAGAACGAUCUCCCCAAUCAAAUCCCCUUCAAACAUUUGAAGCUGUAAUUCCUAGCAACCUCAAUUGGCAUAGAUAAUGUCCCCGCUGGCUAAUUUAUGGUCAGAAUUGUGGGCCAAUACUUCCUAUUGGGACCUAGUAGGAGAAGCCCACUCUAUUUAUUUUGAACAAAGUAGACUGGAUUAAACCUAGUGUGAAUAGGUGAAAUCCCUCCAUUUUUUUCCCCUCAAGGUCAGCAUAACAAUUUUACCAUUUUUAAUAUGAACUCCUGGUAAUGCAUUGCCUCUGGGAGUAAAAUUAAAUUUGGCAAAUUGUGCUGUUUUCAUCAGUUCUGGGGUCCGGGAAGUUGCUUAUGAAAAAUUCAACGGCAGACCAAACCGUUAUCUAAGCAUAAAUUUCGUUUUGGGGACCUUUACCAACAAUCUGUGUCUCAGCCCUCCUCCCCAAAUAUGUGUAGUAUUUAAGCCAGCCUGAAUGUCUUUUGUUCACAUUCUUGGAUUGUUUUUUCUUAACUUUCAUGAUGGUACCUGGGUAUUCUCAGGAAGCUCUCUUUGUAUGUUAGGAGAUAAAACUGUUUGGAAUUUGCUUGUCUAUUUUAUAUCCUGUUAAAUAAAUAUGAUUAUAGUUUGUUGAAGGUGGCGAUUGGACCUCUUCAAGGUAACAUCUUUUUUCCUUGAGUCUACCAAAGCAGCCAUAAAUAUGACAAAGACUUACGUUAAUCAAAUAACAUCUUGUACCAUAAAGACUCUUCUGUGUAAAAUCCAGCUUAAAAACUGAUUAUCCACAGCAUCCUGAUUAGAAUUUAGAAUUCUUGCAGAUUAAUCAUACCUCUUAAUUCAUAUCACCUGGAGUUCCAGGUAGCAUGUUUGCCAUCAAAUUUGUCCAGUCUUUCAGUUUUUCUAUGAUUGUCUCCAGAAGAUGUCUUCAUCUUGUUGGUAUUACUUUUUUUUUUUUUUUGUAUUUCAAUUCUCAGAGCCAUGGAAGUUUCUUUUCCCACCACAUUCCAUUUUGGGGUGGGGUUUGAAAUAUGCAUGAUUCCCCCACACCUGUUUUCAUUUUAAAAAAACUUGUGAUAGCAUAUAUUGCAGUACCUUGUUUGGUAUUCUCCUAGCUGCUUUCUUGAGACAAGCUUUAGAGCUCCAGGAAAUGCCAAAUAAAAUCAUGGCGCAGAAUAAAAGCUUUGAAGAUCAUGCUAGCAAGCAACUAAUGACCUGUUUCAUCACUUUCUAAGAUGUUCAGAAGCCAUUGAUACAAACCAGCUGCUUUGUUGCUUGAAUCAAAAGAUUUGCAAGUGCAUUUGAAUUCUUGAAGAAUUCUAAGUAAUUCCCAUCCUUCAGGCUUUUGGGAUCCAACCCUAUCAAAUGGACACUGCCUUGAAGCCUAGACACCAUCCUGAUAUCUUUUUUCUGUUCUAGCUCCUUAUUUUUAGGGCUGUUGGUUUCUCUUUCCUGUACAUAGCAGAUCAUUGCCUAUGUUUGCCUGCUAUCAAAACAACUAGUUUGAUCUGUAAGCUUGAAAUACUCUAGAUGUGCAACUUCUAUUGGGCUAAACCAUCAUAUUUUUUUAAAAAAAUUAUGUUUUGUUUAAUGGUCAACUUUCCUAUUCUUUCAAGUUGCUUAGAAGCAUUUUCUCUCUCAACUUCCACCAUUGAGAUGAAUUUACACUCGGGCGGGGGGGCACUUUCUCAAUCCAGUUUUUCUAUGCCCUUUGUGGGCCAAAACUGAACUGUCAUUUCUUGGGAGGGCAUCAACUGAAGGCUUUAUAAAAUCUCCAGACAGGGAAAAUGAUGGUUUCUUUGAACUCAGUUUUGAUGGGGGUGACCCUGCUGAUUUCAGCUUGCUUCAGAGCUGCCCGAGUAUAUAAUGAACGCUUGAACAUUUUAAAAUAUGAACUCUCUUACUUGGGUUGGCGACAAGGAGGAAAACGUUUACCUCCAACCCUCCCAGAUUAUUGCGAUUCUAAUCAGUCUUCCUUGUAUGAAGAUUUGAUAUGGGACAAAAACGAUACAGCAGCAGCACUGGUGCUUCUAAAGUGUUGCUUUUCAAUCGAUCCUAUGUUGGAUAUUUGGGUUUCUUACAAAGCUUCGCUUUUUUGUUUUUUGUUUUUUGUUUUUUUGUUUAUCUGUUUUCAAACCUGCUUUUUAGCAGGCAACAUCUACCAGCAAAACACUUGAAUGCAUUUGCAAAAAAAUAAAAACAGUUAAAAAAAAUUUCAGUUUCGAUCUGUGUCAGUUCACUACCUUUUCUAUUAUUCUAGUUUUCCAGGCUCUCUGAUACGAAGAUCAGAAGCAUCCAAGAACCUUUUUCACUCCCGUCACUCGGGGGUGUCUCUCUUCUGUGUCAAUUUAUGUUUGGAAUGUUGCAUUUUUGAAGUCCUCGGUCAGAUAUUUUUUUUCUUUUCUUCUUUGUGAAACUUAUCAGUAUUGACCGGUAAUGAAUAGCAAAUUGUUAGCCAACAAUUGAUCUUAACAUUUCUUUUCAAAUAUCUUAAUGGCAUGUAAUCCUUUUAUCAAGGUCUACAAUAAAAAAAAUCAGUAGAAAAAGCCA